AUGCUCUCCUUCACCUCCCACAACCCCUCCAGUCCCCAAACCAUCCUCUUCAUCCACAGCGGCUUUUCCACCAGCACAGAAUGGGACCAAGUCCUUCACCACCUCACCUGCGAACCACACCCCUACCAUGUUCUCGUUCCCGACCUCCCCUCCCACGGCACCUCCCUCCACCUAAAGCCCCUCAGCGUCUACAGCACGGCCUAUCUCCUCAGCCAGCUCAUCCGUGACCACGCGCACGGCGGCACCGCCCACGUCGUGGGCGCCAGUCUGGGCGCACACAUCGCCGCCCAGCUUGCGGCACAUUACCCUGCACGCGUGUCGUCGCUCCUCGUUACUGGGUUUAAUAUCUUCGCGCCGAUUGUGCUGACGCCGUUGCUGCCGCCGCUGGUUUAUUUCUUCUUGCAUACUGCCGAGUUACUCUCUCAUCCGACGGAGGGAAUGGCGCGGCUGCAGCGCGGGGAAGGGUCGCUGGAUCUGUGUCGUGAUGCUGUGGAGAUGGUUGUGUCGGCGCGAGAGCUGGAGGUGAUUGAUGGGGAUCAUGUCUCCACGUUGAUCGUUGUUGCUGCAGCCAAGGAAGGACUGAUCCUGCCUGCGUGGGAUAGGCAAAAUGAUGCCAGACGAUUGUUGGAGUCGGUUCGGCGCACUGGGAAUGGUCCUGCGCCCGCUAGUAGGGCCGUUCUGCACCGUGGGGUACGGCAUUCGUGGCAGAUUGACGAGCCGGAGCUGUUUGCGCGGACUGUGCGCGCUUGGGUUGCGGGGUUGGAGUUACCCGCUGGAUUCGAGGAUCUUGAUUGA